UGUUUAAACAACUGAACUACCCCAACAUGCUCUUACUACCACCCUAGGGUCCCGGAUGGAAUUUCACGGCUGCUUCAGGAGAACACGCAGGGCAGGUGGCUGCACGCUUGGGGCCGGGGCUCCCCCGCUCUGAAGGCUGCACACCCUGCGCCCAUCCCCCGUGCGGCCCGCCCAGGGCAGCUCCGGGGUUGAGCGGGACGGCAGGCUCCGCCCUCCCGGCUGCUGUGUGAUCAUGAAGCGGCACACAUGGACAACAGCUCUGAAGCGAAGUAAACCAAAUGGAAGGGACCCCGUGACUUCAGCCACCACUCCCGAGAGCACGUGGCGAGGGUGCGGGCUUGUCACCCACCUCCCUCCCACGGCUGGAGGCGGCUGGGAGCAAGUGGCCACUGGCGGUGGCCCGCCUGGCGGUCAUCUCACCAGCUGUCCCACCUCCCCUCCGGCUGCCCGGGGCCCUGCGGCGCUGCUGGAAGGACUCGGCAGGCCAGCAGCAGGGGCCGGCGGCACGCAGCCCCGGGAGAGGGGCCGAGGUGCAGCAUCAGUUGGCCCGCUCCUCUGCACGCCAGGCCCCUGGGGUCCCUGCUCCAUGGCACUUCAGCACAGCGGGUCCACACGGUGGUCUGGUGCCCUCACCGUGGCAGGCGGGUGGGCCCGGCAGGGCAGAGUCGUGCCCCGGGGCACCGGGCCAUGCAGAGGAGCAGGUGCCCACCUCGCGUCCCCGCUGCACCCCCGGCGUCGACAGCAGCACCCGCCACGUGGCCAGCGCUCAGGGAACGGGAUGGAGGGGGAACGGAUGGGUGACGGAAGACGGGACAAAGAGCACCUGGCCGACCUCCUGCAAGCCCGCCCCAGGCUUGAGCCGCGGGCUCCCGCGGGAGACGCGCGCAGAGGCCCGGGCCGUCCUCCGGGGGGCGGCCCCCAGCGAGGAGCUCCGGCCUCGGCCCCUCAGCAGCGAGCCAGCUGCACGGGAGCAGAGCAGCCAUCCCAACGCGCGGGGCGGCGGGCCACCGUGAGGGUCAAAGGACGCCGUGAGGCUAGAAAUAAAGCUCUGCUGUGGAACGCUCUGGAGCCAGGGCCGCCUGCGGGGAGCACCUUCGGCCCUGCUUAGGGUCUCCAGCAGGACGUU